UCGUUCUCUCUUUUUCCCGCUAUCAAAAUUGAAUCUACGCCAAUAAAAAUUGUUCUAUAUGCCGCGCAUGCGCUCAAUAUCCUGGGAAAGUGCCAAUUAAAGAGAAGUUCGAUCCUAUGCAACGCAUCUAUACUUAGUAUCUUACUUAUGUAGAUAACUUUGAUUGCAAUGUGACAAAUUGCACUCUUUGCGAUGAGAUUAUACAGAAAACAUAACCAUCACCAUCAAUUGGGAGAAUCCAAAUUCGACCGUAUAUUUCUACCUUGCUAUCGUUAACUGUAAUUGCUUUGUCAAUUGCGUUAUCAGCUGAUAAUAAAAAGUUGUUUUAAAGUCGAACCAACAACCAUGACUUUUAGUGAGUACACGUAUUAGCAAGAUCAGAAAUGUCAGCACGUAAAUUUGUUAGGAUUAUUACACCUGAUAGCAUAGAAUAUCGUUAUUUUCCCAUCACAAAAUCUCGCCUCAGGCUGAGUAUGCAAGCUGCUCACGAUGCAAGAAUUUCCUUACGUACACAUUUGGGUGGAGACUCAAAUGUGUAUGAGAUUAUUAUUGGAGGAUGGAGAAACACAAUGUCAGCCAUAAAAAGGAAUAACCAAGAACAAGAUGUGGCAGAAGCAGAAACAAGAAACAUAUUAAAUGCUCAGUAUAUGUUCAAUAUUUGGAUUCAAUGGUGUUGUGAUGGAACUUUAAAGAUUGGUCGACAAAAUGGUGAUGUUUUUCUAGCAUACAAAGACAGAAAUCCGUUUGUUAUAAAUUAUAUAGGGGUUAGCACAGCGUGGGGUGCAACUGGUGAAUUUUUGAUAGAAGAAUCACCAUGUACAUCUCUAGUUGUUAGGCAACAAUUGGUAGACACUUGCUACUGUUGGGUAGAUUGUAACGAGUCAGAUGGUCUUCCACAAAAUGCUGUAAUGGCCUCAGAAGAUGGUUUGUAUAUAGGCCGUGUUCAUCACAGAGAUUCGAUCACACCUGGUGGUAUCAGAAAUAAUGUAUGUACAAUCCCAUGGGGUGGAGCCUCUCACGAUAAAAAAGAUUUUCAAAUAUUAUGCGGCAAAGAUGUGAAUUGGGUAAAAUCAUGGGAAGGAAGUGUUCCUUUGUACGCUCUUCCUGCCGGUGAAACCGAAGACGGCCACGCUCUUUUUAUAGGCAGAGUGUUACACGAAGGUGUAUAUCACAUAGGAAAAAUACAGCCGAAUCAUCAAAUAUGUUAUAUAGGCGUACACGGCCAUGAAGAACGUUACAUAGAUUAUGAAACUUUAGUCGUUUGUGAUUAUUACGCUGUGGAAUAUGUUGGUAGAUAAAAUUCUUUUUGUGGAAAAUAUUUAUUUUUCAUACGAGAUACAAAUUAUUUUUUUAUGUCAUAAAUAUUUAUAUGAUUGUAACUCUAAUUUAAUAGAGAUAAUAUAUAAAUUUAAAAGAGAAUUAUAAAUAGUAUUAUGACGAUAUUAAAGAAUGAUGAAACAUUUACUCAGAAAUCAAAUGGAAUAUAGUUUCAUAUUCAUUAAUUUAUUGUAAGCUUUCAUUGAAUGAUUCCAUUAAAAUUUUAUACGCAAUAUAACAUUGAAAGAAAACAAGAGAUAAAUUUAUUUAAUAUGUGUACAUUUAACUCCCACACUUUGAUGGUUGAGUCAUCUUAAACCCAGAUACUUUUCAAAUUAUGGAGAAGCAAAUUAAUUGAUCUUCAUGAUUUUGAAAAUUAUAGAUCAAUUUUUUAUGAGCAUAUACUAAAUGCCAUAAGGAGGGCUGGGAAAGAAGUUACAAAAAUAGUGUAACAAAAUUAGAAAAAAGAUCCCAAAAGCAUUCUGUAUGUAUAUACAUUGAAAAUGAUAAUAAAUAUUAUCAUAAUUGUAAUAAGUGUAAAUACUAUGUAGUAGAUGUGGUGACACAAGUACACAAUAAACAUUACUUAUUUAUAAUUUUGAAAUUUA